UUGGUUCCCUAACGCCAAUAUUUACUCUAGCGUCAAGAACAUUGUUUAGUUACCAUUCAAGAUGCCCAAGUCAUUCUUAGUCAAGAAAUCAACUGGAAUAACGUCUCAUCUCAGCAGGGGAGCAGAAGUAAAAACCAAUAAAACACAAGAAAAAAAUUCCCGCCCUGAAAAACAUGACUCAAUCCAACCAUCUGACAUGGAUACCACAAGAUGGGACGGUUGGGUACCGCUGGACAUGUCCGAAUACGAGACAAGUGUGGAAUCAGUUCAUAACGUUGUAAAAGAAUUUCAGCAUCAAAUGUCACGGUAUCCGGGGACUCCGAUUCUUUUCCCGCCCUCCGAAGAUUCCACCUCUAUCGAUUCAUUCCUGGGGCAACCAUUUCCAUCUCCCUCACGCUAUUCCAACUCCGCCUCAGAAGAUGCAGCUAAAUCGGACAAGGAAAAGCCGUUUCAGUGUAACUAUUGUGUGAUGUCCUUCACACGCCCUAGUGACCUCCAGCGCCAUCUUCUCAUCCAUAACAACAAUAAGCCCUAUAAAUGUGAGGAGUGUGACCGCGAGUUCACGUGGUUUGGAAACUUUCAAAAGCACGUGCUUUCGCAUAUGGGGGGUACUACCAGAGCGCCAGGGACUUUGCCCUUCUCAGCGAUGUUCACCUUCCUGGCACGUGAACAAGUCAAAGAUCUUUUCAUCAAGGAUGGUGAAAAGUACAAGUGCCGUCUGUGCGCCAAGGAUUUCACCCGCCUCAGUGGCUUAAAGACGCAUAUCCGCAUGCACACAGGAGAGAGGCCUUAUGUCUGUGAGGUCUGCUCAUUUGCAUUUACCACGUCACGUGCCCUGAAGAUGCACGUGCGCCUGCAUACUGGGGAGAAACCUUACAAGUGCGAAGAAUGCGGGCGCGCCUUUACAAGAAGGGACGAGAUGCAUACUCAUAUGUACAUACACAAAGGAGAGAAGCCAUUCAAGUGCGACAUAUGUUCAGCUUCAUUCAUUCGCUACGGUCAUCUACAGCGCCAUCUCCUCAUUCACAGUGAUGACAAACCUUACAAGUGUAAAGUGUGUCCAAAGUCCUUCACUCAGUACCGCAACCUACAGACUCACAUGUACAAACAUACCGGGGAGAGGCCUUACAGAUGCAGGUACUGCCCCAAGGGAUUCACCCAAUAUGGCACCCUCCAAGCACACGAGCGAACACACACCGGAGAGAAACCUUUCCAAUGCCAAUUUUGUGAAAAGGCUUUCAUUACAUCAUCACACCUCAGAUGGCACAUAAAGACACAACACAAUGCCAAGAAAGAGUAGAUAAUCAUUUGAAUGACCAUAAAAGAACUGUCUAAGGCAAAUUCAUUCCACCAUUUCUCAGUAAAAUGCGUCUUUAGUGCAAAACGCUGUGCCUAAUAGCUUGUAGUGAGGUUGCGCAUUUUCUUGAGACUUUAAUAUGUAUGAUUUCAAAAAAUUAAUUUUGGGGUAAUUUAUAAGGGUAUCACUGGCUAAAAAAAAUAGUUUUACUAAUUCAAGUCCCCGGGGUAUUUAUAUAAAGAAACAAAAAUUCAUUGACGCACCGUCUGAGUUUCACAGCAUGUACAAAUUUUCUGAAUAUCUUUUAGUUUGUGUUCGUCUCCAGUCUGGAAUUUAAGGAGUCAAGUUUUUUUCUUUAUGUGUUGUAAGAAGUAGAAUUUAAAGAAAAUAGGAAAAUUUACUAUUAAGACAUAGUUUCACAUGCAUACUAAUGACUAGAGAAAGCCAACUUUGAACUUUGCUUUACAGCGAGCUCGUGUGCGAUUAUGCCGUUGGGACAACUUAUGUAAAUAUUUUAU